CAGCAGGGGGCGCUGCAGCGGCGCCGCGUCCAGGCAGAACCAGCGCUAACAAUGGCAGCCGCCUCGGAGCUCCAGCUGGACCUGCUGCCCUCAGACCCGCUGCUCCACGUCCUGUCCUACCUGAGCUUCAGGGACCUGCUCCGCUGCAGCUACGUGAGCAAGAGGCUGAACGAGCUGACCAAGCACAACCCACUGUGGAAGCGACACUGCUGCAAACACUGGCUGCUGACAGACGCCGACCGGUCGCAGCGGGGCCUGUCCUGGUACGGCCUCUUCAGACACUACUACUCUGACCUGGGCCGCUACAUCCAGCACUACGCGGCGCUGAAGAAGGCCUGGGAGCAGCUGAAGGGCUUCCUGCAGCAGAGAUGUCCUCGGAUGAUCGUUUCGCUCAAAGAUGGCGCCACCGAGCAGGAGCUGGACGACGUGGAGGCUCAGAUCGGGUGCAAACUUCCAGACGAUUACCGCUGCUCCUUCCGCAUCCACAACGGCCAGAAGCUGGUCAUCCCAGGGCUGAUGGGCAGCAUGUCUCUCUCCAACCACUACCGCUCUGAAGUGCUGCUGGACGUGGAGACGGCAGCGGGGGGCUUCCAGCACAGGAAAGGAAUGAGGCGUUCGCUGCCGCUCACCUUCUGCUUCCAUACCGGGCUCAGCCAGUAUGUGGCGCUGGAGGACGCCGAGGGACGCAAGACGGGGGAGAGCUUCUACCCGUGUCCUGAUCAAACGGCCCAGGACCCGUCGGCCAUCGACAUGUUCAUCACAGGCUCCAGCUACUUGGACUGGUUCACAUCCUACGUCGCCAACGUCGUCACAGGAGAAUACCCAAUCAUCAAGGACCAGAUCUUCAGGUACAUGCACGAGAAGGGCUGCGUGGCGACCACCGGCGACAUCACCGUCUCCGUCUCCACCUCCUUCCUGCCGGAGCUGUCGUCGGUCCACCCGCCGCACUUCUUCUUCACCUACCGCAUCAGGAUAGAAAUGUCCAGGGGCGCCUCUCCCAAAGCCGCGUGCCAGCUGGACAGCCGCUACUGGAAGAUCACCACCUCCGACGGGAACGUGGAGGAAGUGCAGGGUCCGGGCGUGGUCGGAGAGUUUCCGGUCAUGACGCCCGGGAAGGUGCACGAGUACGCCAGCUGCACCACCUUCUCCACGCCGUCCGAGUUCAUGGAGGGCCACUACACCUUCCACAGACUAGCCAACAAGGAGGAGGUGUUCCAGGUGGCCAUCCCUCGCUUCCACAUGGUCUGUCCUCCGUACCGAGAGCCGGAGUCUCGAACCAAAGCGUCGACCAGCGACUCGCCUCCCUUCGACAACGAUGGCCAAGACGACGACGGCGGCGGCGAUCGCGACCGAGGAAGGUUCGGAGGCCUGAGGGGCAUCAACACCUCGGCGCUGGACGGCCUGCGGUGCCCCAAGUUCACCUGAGCUGCCGGCGGCCGCAGCGCCGCCAACGAGCCAUAAACUCAAACUGAAUCACUUGAACUUCCAGUUGCCAAACUGCACCUGAGUCGGUGCGCCGUUUUCAGGAAAAGAAAAAAAAAGCUCCUUUUUUGUUUUUUUUUGUUUUCUCUCUGAAGACCCGGUUCAGGUCAAAGAUCCGUUACUGGGAGCCGAAGAUUCGGUUCAUCUACGGAGCGGCAGAGAUUCUUCAUCUCCUGUUACAGACCAACCAGAACUUUAUCCCCCAACAUUCCUGAACUCACGAUAGACGCCGGAGGAAGCGAACGCCUCCGUUUAAAGGUUUAGAGCUCAGGUUUGGGCCAUCUAGUGGAUCGGCGUGGUAUUACAGCUUUAUUUGCUUUGCGGUUUGCUUCUUUCCCUGAGAUGUUGAUGAUUUCUGUUACUGGGGUGAAAAGUUUAGUUCUAACAUCAGUAGACACGUUUUCAGGCCAGAGACGAGCAAAAACUUCUGUUUCCGGGUAAAAAAUGCAGAAUUUAUUGAUGUUUUUUUUUUUUAUUAUUAUAUAUAUCUAUAUCAGUGUUGUAGAGAGUGAGGAGAAGCCCCGUGUGAAAAUGUCGCUGAGCUUUUUGGGUUGAGGUGUUGCUUGUUUCUCCCAGCCUGCCUGGUUUGGGUUUCUGGGCGAACGCGGAACGGCGGCAGGUUUGCCUUUUUCUAUGUUUGGGUUCAAUAAAGCCAGGUUCUGUGAAUCUCU